AUGCUUGGAUGGCCCGUCUUCACUGGACGUGCGUGCCCCAACAUCUCUUCCGCUCGUUUCGUUCCCUCGCCAUUGUCAUCCAAGAUGUUCUCAAAUUUUAAACUGGCGGAUGCACUUCACCUGAAGCGCCUGAAGAAAAUUGGACAUACUGCCCUGGCUCAUGAUAAUGUCCGACCUCGCGUGACCGAACUUACGCGAAAGAAAAUUCCCGAAGUUGGUUCGGUGGAGUUCUAG